CUUGACUCGGAUAUACUGGCUCAGGCGGAGACUAUUCGACGAGAACGACUAGAAAGACGACAGAAGAAAGCUAGGGCUGAGUCGAUGGAAAAGCCCUCAGCACCGAUUGUCACGACUAAGCACAAGGAUAAAGAAGAAGCUAGAGUGCUGGUUGGUAACCUAAUCGGAGAGGAUCAUGUCAACUAUGUGCUCAUGUACAACAUGUUGACAGGAAUACGGAUUGGCGUGUCUAGAUGUCAGGCCAAGAUAAAACGGCCCCUGACAGCUGAAGAUUACACCGCUCGUCACAAAUUUUCCUUUGACAUGCGAGUGGAAGUUUUGGCAUUCUUUGUCGGCAAUGAACUCACUCCUUCUGCAAGAUACGAUUUCAAAUUCAAAGAUUACGCUCCAUGGGUAUUUCGAGAAUUACGAGACGAACAUUUCCAUCUUGAUCCUGCCGACUACCUCCUUUCUCUCACUGCAAAAUACAUUCUUUCCGAGCUUGGCUCUCCAGGAAAAUCCGGUUCAUUCUUCUAUUUCUCACGUGAUUACCGGUUCAUCAUCAAGACCAUUUCUCAUUCAGAACACAAAUUCCUCCGUUCGAUUCUAUUCGACUAUCACGCUCAUGUCAAGGCCAAUCCUCAUACCUUGUUGUCUAGGUUUUACGGUCUCCAUCGUGUGAAACUGCCCCGAGGAAGGAAGAUUCAUUUUGUAAUCAUGAACAAUCUAUUCCCUCCCCACAGGGAUGUUCACGAGACAUACGAUCUAAAAGGUUCUGCUUUUGGUCGUGAAUAUCCUGAAGAAAAGGCGGCGAAGAACCCUCGGGCGGUAUUGAAAGAUAAGAAUUGGGUGAACAGGGGUAGAUCAUUGGAGUUAGGACCGGAAAAGAGGGCGUUGUUGUCAGAACAGCUGAAAAGGGAUAUGGACUUUUUGAAAUCUAUGAAGGUCAUGGAUUAUAGUUUGUUGGUGGGGAUACAUAAUAUGGAAAGGGGGAACAAGGAUAAUUUACGAGAGAAUCAACUUACAGUCUUCCACCCCGAUGUCACAGCCCGACGUAAAGCUUCCAACGCCAAAGGUCCUUCAGAUGCUUCAAACGUUCGUAAAGCCGUCAGAAGUUCCGAUCCUAAAAUGCUCGAUGUGGCAUCUCAACUUCCUCCUAUGCCGACGGACAGAAGUCACUUUUUGUUCUAUCAAGAUGAAGGUGGUUUGCGUGCGACGGAUGAGCAAAAUCAAGAUAUGGACGUUAUUUAUUAUUUGGGUGUUAUCGAUAUUUGUACACCUUAUAAUACUGUGAAGAAGUUGGAACAUUUUUGGAAAAGUAUGACCGAAGAUCGGCACACUAUAUCAUGUGUCGAACCAGUAACGUACGGUCAACGAUUCCUCAAUUUCCUAUUAUCAGUCAUGAGAGGUGGU